CUCAAACUGUGAUAUGAUCUAACACUCGAGAACUUCGAGUUUGUCACUCUCCAUUCCCUUCAAGGCCUGCCUUCAUUAAAUAUUGACUGUGGAUUGUUUGCACUUCAGUGCAAGACAUGGUUCGGUUCAAGAAUCGCUGGCUCCUUGUCGAAUUUGUUGACAUGUAUACGGCGGAUGUGUCCGCUGGAAAUGAGCCUCUAAGUACGCGAUCUCUCGACGGGAGGUUGAUUUACAACGCCCUCCGUGACAGUGUCGUGACAAACUUUGGCGACACUGGAUGGGGAGCAGUGGGGAUGUCGUUGACUGUCAAGUAUUUUUCACCAAUCACGAACCUCUGUAUUAUUCGUGUCGCACGAGAUCAACAUCGAAUUGCAUGGGGUGCAGUCACACUUCUCACUAGCGUCCACGAUGUCAGGAUCAUCCCCCGCGUUAUUCAUGUCUCAGGUACCAUCAAACAUGCGCAACUCUCGGCAAUAGCACACAACCGAGAAGUUAUUGCGCGGUUUCGCACUAAACUCAAAAAUGCUGCACUCCAUCAUGACUCGUAUGAUGACUAUCUCACGCGAAGUACUCGUGAGAUCGAGGCUUUGCAGGACUGAAUCAGUCUGAAGGCAUUCUUCAGUUCUCAUCAAUUUUGGUGGUACGCUUUGAACCUGCAUUCUAAGAUUGCUCCCCACGUCCUCCCUUUGCUGCACGAAACCGGGUUAGCGUCAGGAGUUAGCAUGAUAUACUUGCGGUCAUUCGCGCGGCAAAGCACGCGUAGGAAUCGCGUAGGAACAACGCAGGAGCAACAAGUGGAGCGAGACAGGAGAACAGGAAUUUUGAUGUGGUGUGUAAAGCUACAUUUCUAGGUGACCAAAAUUAAAUUAUACCUCUAAAAUCAAUAUCUUAUAACUUU